GAAGUAAUUAUAAGGCAACAAAAAGAAAAUAAAAUGAUCUCAACAAAACGCCCCCUACCCCCAGAAAACACCUCCAAAUAUCGCCCCGGCAAGACCUGCUCCCGAACCAGAAAUCCCAUCCGCGAAGCACGAGAAUCCAGGCGCCCAGAACGAAGACAAAAACCCAGUAGUCCACAGGAUCGCAGCCCCUCAGGCUCCCCAAUCGUAACCCUCAGCGUUGGCCCCGAGAAGCGCCUCUUCGCCUGCCACGAAGACAUCCUCUGCGCAUCCCCGUACUUUGCAACUUGCUGUCGCGAACAAUUCGGUAUUUCGUCGCGAGGGAAACGGAUCGAGCUCCCUGAUGAACAGCCGGAGGUUUUAUCGUGUGUUCUGGAGUAUUUGUACAGGGGCGAUUAUACACCUCGGCUAGUGCAUAAUGGACGACGGGAGCAGUGGGAGUUGGAGGAUAUGGACACGGAUAGUGAGGGACAGAGCCAUGGGGCUACGAUGCUUCAUAAGGCGGCUGGGGGUGUGAUUUUGAGGGAUACGGCUGUCUACUGCGCUGCAGAAAAAUACACACUAGAGCCCCUAAAACGCCUCGCACUACGCAAACAAGGCCUCCACACGGGCAUCCAAUGCAGAACGAUCCUCACCAGCGCACGAUACGCCUACGCCAACACGCCAGAUAGCGAGUCGAAGCUUCGAGCGCACUAUCUUGCGCUGAUUAUUCGGAGCAGAUCGACCUUUAAGAGGAGUGGGACUAUGCAGAUGGAGAUGGAGGAGGGGGGGAAGUUGUUUUUUGAUUUGUUUGUUGCGAUGUGUAAUCAUAUGGAUGAUCUUUCGGCUAUGGCUAAGCGGGAAGGUUGAUGUCUUGCUCGUGAUUCGAAUGAUGUUAAUAUUCUGGUGCGGCUUACUGUUGUUGUCUGAUGUGCUUGGUCUUUUCUAUUCCCCUCUCGCCUGUUGGGUCAUGUUUAAUACCUCUCUUGUCAUGUUUUGUAUAGUAGGUUUUGUAUAAUACGGUUCUUCUCUAUCAACUAGCAUUAUAAUAAUAUGUUCAGAUGAAUAACAGCAGAGACAGCAGCCU